UUCCCGUCCUUUGGAGGAAUGUAAAGCUAGUUGUAUGAAGGCUUCUCCAAUCUAACCUCAGAAACCAUUCUGCUAUCAUCUCAACAGGUAAAGCCUCUGUUGUUGCGUUAGAGGCACGUCAGAGGUCGGAAGUGUCUGAGUUGAACAUCUCCGAACUUUCCACAAGGUGUCACUACCAUAGUUGCUCCGAGGCCUUUGCCCCAGCUAGCAGCAUGAAGAACCACACAGCUAGAGUUCACCACCACCAGUGUGACCAUCCAGACUGUGGAAAGUGUUUCAACAAGAAGUACCAACUUAAAGCCCAUAAACUUGAGCACCAAGAGCUUCUGCCUUUUCGUUGUUCUAUCAGUGGCUGCAAUAAAGAAUUUCCAUCUCGUGGAAAACUGAAGCAUCAUGAAAAAGUGCAUGAAGGAUACAGUUGUCAGGUUCAAGAGUGUCCUUUCCAUGCGGUGACAUGGACUGAAUAUUUGAAGCAUGUAAAAUCACACAAAGGGAAGUUGGCAUGCACAAAGUGCACAAGGCAGUUUAGCAAUGACUGGUUCCUCCACCAGCACAUGCAGUUUGUUCAUUCUGGGGAGAAGAGACUGCUGUCAUGCCCCCGAGAAGGGUGUGAUAAAAAGUUCACUCGUCGUUUCCACUUGGAGAGUCACAUACAGAAGGACCACGAGGGCAAGACGCCCUUCGUCUGUUCCUAUACUGGCUGUGGGAAGAGCUUUGCGAUGAUGGAAAGCCUGUGGCGACACAGAGUGGUGCAUGACCCAGAGAAGAAAAAGAUGAAGAAACCGCAUCCUAACAUGCUUGGACUGAAAACUAUAGGUGAUCAAAUGGAGAGCGAGCUUGCUACAAAGCUGUGUGAAACAACUUUGGAGGACAACAAAUCCUGAGUUUGCCUUAUCUAAAUCUUUUGUUUAUAAAUGGUGACGCAAUUUGCGUAAAAUUUGUGUUGUAUAUGCAAAUAGCAUAUUUCUGUUUGUGCAAAUAUUAAAGCUUCAUUAAUGCAGCACUAUACUAGUGCUCCAUCGA